AACACCUACUUCUUCGCCAUAGUCCUCAUUUUCAGUGUCAGAAAAUUAGGGUGAGGGAUGGGGAGGUACACGACGAAGUGCAGUAGAGCAGUCGAUGAACUCGCGGUUAUGGAGGUGACCCAGGAUGUGGGAGCGAGGACGAGAGCGAGGACCCUGGCCCUCGCCUCCGCCGCGGCUGUAGCUGGGUCGAAGCGGAGAAAUGCGGCUGCGCCGCCCCCAGAGGUGGUGCAGACGUCGACCUACCUCCAGCUCCGUAGCCGUCACCUCGUCAUGAUGACCCGGGGGAAGACGCAGCGACCGGCGAACUCUUCUGCCUCUUCAAAUCCCGACCCCUCGGUGGAGAGGGUCUCCCGUUGCUGCAGCAACGCUUCCAGCGAGGUGGUGUUCAACGAGCAGGAUGGCGAGGUUUUGGAUAGCUCGACGUGCAACUUCGAUUCCAGACGAGCGAGGAGGGAGAUGCCCCCCUCGAACGAGGCGCAAUGCGAAGCGGGUGAUCUGGAAUCGAUGACGGAGGCGUGUUCGAGUUGGAGGAAGGCAGAGGCGACGCCGACGCAGGCAGAGAUCGAGGAGUUCUUCGCUGCAGCGGAGAAAGAGCAGGCGCAGCAGUUCGCCGACAAGUACAACUACGACGUCGUCCACGACGUUCCGUUCGACGGCCGCUUCGAGUGGGUUCGAAUCAACUAACCAAGGGAAGCAGAAAAAUAAGGAAAAAGGAAAAGAACUUUUAUCAUUUUAUCUCUCUUUUAUCUGCUUUUUGUAUAGCAUCGCGAGCUCCACCUCCUGUGCGACGAGGCACACGGAGCGGAAGAAAACGAAGCUUCCAUAUUCUCUUGACAGACCUAAUAAAUUCUCUUCUCCACUGCCCCA